GGAACGUUUUUUUCAAGACAUUUAAUUGGAAAUAUUCGGAUAAGUAAACUGACAAGAAAGCCUAGACAAAUGAAAUACUACAUCUACAUGCAUGGCGAUCUCUCUCGAAGAAUAUAUGGGAACUAAAAUUGACAACACACUAACUCAUAUAUGGAUUUUCUUUUGUCUCUGUUAUUAAUAAAAUUUCGACAUUUAUUAGCACACUAUAGAUUAUAUAGCUAAUAAGCUAUCUAUCUUCCGUGUAAGAUUAUCUAAAACUAAAUUGACAUGAACGCAAGUAAAUUCAUAUAUCUUUGACAUUUUUUACCAAAAAAAGUAAAUUCAUAUAUAAAAAAAUACAAAAAACCACUAAUAAGAAUAAUGUUUUUUUUUCUUUAGCAAAAAAAAAAGAAUAAUGUUUUUUCCCUGUCCAAUAUGUGAAAUCAUAUCCAGUGAAAUGGCAAAAAGAUACAAGAAAUCUUGAAUCUAAGGCUGCUAGAAGCAAAUUCCUACCUAAAUGCCCCCCAAAAAGAUAAAAAGGACACUUAGAGAUACAAGCUUAGGUUUAGUCUAAUCAAUAGAAUGAGACUAAAGCUAAAAAUGGAGUUCAAGAUGUUUGCAACGGGAAUAUUUUUCUAAAAUAAAAUGUGUUGUCACUUUUCUCUCAAUAAGUUUAAGAUCAGGCUAAUAACUUGCUGUCGUUUAUCACCGGAAAUCAAAACUUAGAAGAUGUCCGCUCACAUGCAAAUCCACUAGCUAAUGACACUUUAUAUGCUUUAUUUUCUUUCGGUUCAAAGACACUUACUUUCUGUUUUUGGGUUCAAAAUACAUUUUCGGUGCUAAUCAUGUGCAUAUAACCUAAAGGUCUUUUUAGUUUUGGGUUAAAAGACAAUUUAGUUGCUAAUUAUUAUGAAGUGCAAAUAACCAACAUGACUUUUUGGUUUAGAAAACGGUAAAUGCAUGGGUCCACGUCGCACUUGAGGCAGAAGCUAAUCACCAUUUAUUCACUUGCUUUCGUGGAGAUAUCAAAACCGCCAGUUACAUGAGACGUGUCAUUAUAGGUAAGGUUCAGUAGGUUUCUAGCUGGCGCCUAUAAAAUCCAAAGCUCGAAACACUCAUCACACUCAAGCCAAAAGUUAGUGCUAUUUUGUCUCAUCACUUUCCGCACUUUUAUUGUUAAAUUAUUUAUAAAUAAUAUACUACGACGCGAUACAAUGUCGCCGGAGGAAUACAUUAGGGAAUCCGGUGAUCUUCGAGGAACUGAGUUAACCCUUGCUCUACCGGGAACUUCCAUAAUAGCAUCGGAGGGCCGACAAAAGUCCAGAAACAAGCGAAGCUUCAUCGAGACCAUUGAUUUGAAACUCGGAGAAAGACACGUGACCAAUUCCAUAGCAUUCAACAAUUUCGACCGCUUGGUGGGGUGGCCACCGGUGAAGACGGUAAGGGCGAGGAAGUACGUGAAAGUGGCGGUAGAUGGUGCGGCCUAUCUCAGAAAAGUCGAUCUCCAGAUGUACAAUAAUCACGAUCAACUUUUCGCUGCUCUAGAAAACAUGUUUCAGGGGGUAGUAACAAUAUGUAAGGUGACGACGGAGCUGGAGAAAAACGGAGAGUUUAUGGCAACUUACGAGGAUAAGGACGGUGACUGGAUGCUAGUCGGAGAUGUCCCGUGGAUGAUGUUUGUGGAGUCGUGCAAACGUAUGCGGUUGAUGAAAACCGCGGAUGCUAUGGGGUUAGUACUUCCAAGCUGAAGCGGACAAUAUUUACACGUUCUAGAACGUCAACGCAUGGGAUUUUCUCAGGUCUAUAAGACUAUCGUCACAAAUGCGUAUAUUUAUUCUUAUAAAAAUGCAUAUAUUUAUAUAUCGUCAGAGAUAUAUAGAAAUGUAUUAUUCCAUGAUUUCUGAAUUGCAAUAUAUAUAUAUAUGCUAUAACCUUUUUGGCUUUUGAUUUGAAUGUAAUUAAUGGUACUAGCUACCGUAUUGCUCU